AUGGGAGUUUUGAAUGAUCCGAUUUAUCGACCAUUGUCGAUUACGUUUAUUGAAUAUCAAGAAGGUGAUAAACUGGGUUUUAUUUUGGCAUGGUUUUCGAUGUUACCAUUUAUCUAUAUUGUUGCUCUGUGCACAUUAAUAAUAUUUCGACGUGAUGUACAAACGAUCAUGUAUUUCGGUGGAUUUUGUGUGUCAGAAGUGUGCAAUUAUUCUCUUAAAAGACUUUUUAAACAGGCACGACCUGAAAGAACACGAGAUCGCAUGGGCUUAUAUGAAGUUCAUGGUAUGCCAAGCGAUCAUGCUCAAACAUUUUUUUAUUUCAUGACAUAUUUGGCUAUAUUUGUGAUUCUCAAAUCUCAAAUGCCAGGCUCACCACACAUUCGUUCAAUACGCAAUCGUGCUCUUGUUUUUACACAACUUAUCAUUGCUGUUAUAGUCGCUUAUAGCCGAGUUUAUCUUCAUUAUCAUACUGUUGCACAAGUUGUUGUCGGUGCACUUGUUGGAACAGUAUUAGGUUGCAUCUGGUAUUAUUUUGUCAAUUAUCAUUUUAUGCAAUACGCUUCGUUCAUAACUGACCACCCGUUAGGAAAAUAUUUUCUAGUUCGUGAUUAUUCGCCUAUACCACGUUUAAUUCAUUUUCAAUAUGAAAAUGAAUAUGCUGAAGCUAAACGCUGGCGAGAAAGACGUGCAAACUAUGUGAAAGAUUAA